AUGUGGUACGCUUGGCAGCUUCGUCAGCUCAAGUAUUUCGGGGAAACGGAAGGCUGCUUAGUUGUUUUAGUUGCGCCCCAUCGCGGUGGGCACCUUCGGAUGAACGAGGCCGCCGCUUGCCUGGUGGACUGGCAGCUGGCGCCCUUCCUCCGCGGGCUCUGCGAGCCGCCCUUUGCCAGGGAGGUCCGAGACUUCGUCGACCGCCACGCUGCGGCCUUCGCCGCGCCCUGCCGCGAUGGCUCCUGCCCGCUUCGAUGGACCCAGCUGCACGAGGAGUACAGUGCGCUCUUUGAGCGUCAGCUCAAGGCAGUGGUGCAGGAGGAAGGAUUCAGCCUGGAAGAUUUCCGCGAGCACAUGGCCCAGCUACGGGAGUUUGCGGCCCUGCGAGCUCCUGAUGACUACCUUCCCGGAUGCGAGCCUUCCUUCAUCCCGCCCAGUCCAGGCAUCCGUGUGUCCGAGUUCUGGGACUUCCUGGAGGCGCUGACGGCCUCCAAGAACUUCCACAGCUUCAAGGAGGUCAUGCAGGCCGCCGCGCAGAGACCCCUGGAGGCGCGGGGAUACCCUUCGAGCCUCGUCAGCCUCGUGCCAAAGAGCAGGGAGGACUUGGUGUACGAGCUGGCGCAAGCCGAGCCGGGACAGGCGGAUGCAUCCACAACACUUCGUGGCUAA